UAACUAAAGAUGUUUUCGGCUAACUCAUUUUCAGGCAAGAUGGCGACCAUGCGCGAAUCUUUGACAAAAAAUAGUAGCCUAGCCUUCGAGCUUAGCAUCCGGGUCUUCUCAAAAAUUAUUCGAAAAUGGCGGAUGUUAGGGAGCGACUUGAGAAACGGAACGAAGAACGAUUGGCAGCCAUUGAAAGACGUAAAGCUGAUAAGGAAAGCAAUGAACAGCCAACAGAAACAAUAGAAUAUAUCACAUCUACUUUCGCCGAGGAGAAGGGAGCAAUAGAGGAACAGCUUGGUAAAAGGGCAGAACUGAUAGAAGCUGGCAAUAAAAUGAAGGCGGUAGAAUUCUUCGAUUGCUUGUCAGAUAAGUGCCAAAAACUCCAAAAGUUUUUGGCGGAUUCAACAAUGUUUUUACCUUCUCGUGACAUUCAAGUGUCACAGGACAGUUUAAAAGCGUUACAGCAAGAGAUCAACGAGAAACGAGAAGAAUACAUACCAAAGAAGAAGUUUGCUUUCAAAGUGAGGAAAAAAGAGUCGUCGGUAAAAGAGGAAGGACAAAUCAAGCAAGAAAUUAAGAACAAAGGGGAUGCUCUGUCAGGUACAGAAAAAAAGAUUGCAGAUGCCAGUCUUGGUUUUCAAGGGGUUUCAGACGACACACUCACCUUAGCUCCAUCACAGGUCAAGAAUCGAGACAUCACACUUAGAGAUCUUCAGAACUGCAAUAUCAUAAUUUAUGGAGCACCAUCAGCCCUACUUAUGAAUAAGCUAAAGGACUGCACUCUGUUAUGUGGACCAGUUUCUGGAGCUGUAUUCAUUGAAGACUGUCUCAGUUGCAAGUUUGUUUUUCCGUGUCAUCAGCUGCGGGUUCAUAGCACCACAGACAGCAAGUUUUACCUUCAUGUGACAAGCAGGGCCAUUGUUGAGGAUUGUUCCAAUCUGGGCUUUGCUCCAUUUAACUGGAAAUAUGAAAACCUGAAGAGUGACUUUGCGUCAGCAGGUCUUGAUCCUUCAGAGAAUAAUUGGUCGCUAGUCAAUGAUUUUAAUUGGUUGAAGGCUGAUGAGCCUUCUCCUAACUGGUUCAUAAUAAGCGAGGAUCAGCGUACAAACAAUUGGACCUUGUAAGCUUUCAACUUUGGUGCUUUUAGUUUUAGUAGUCCAUACUGUUAUUCACAAAGCAAAAUAAACUUGUUAAUAUUUACAUUUUGUAAAAAAUUCUGUCUUGUUUUUCUGUUCCUAUUUUCAGCAACACUAGGUUUUAGGUCCGUAAUAAUUCUUCUUGUGUUUUCCCUGGCUGAUGAAGU